GACUCGCUGAAGAGCUACCAGGGCCACUACAAGCGCAACGCCGACCACCAGAUCCACUUGAUCACAGAUUGCAUCUACAUGGCUUCAGACGAGGGAAGGUAUUACCACAAAGCGAAUCAGGUGGAUGGAACUGCGUGCGGGAUUUACCUCUUCGCAGAUCCGGAUCAGAAGAUUGAGGUUCAUUUUAAUAAUCUCGAUGUGUCUUGUGAUAACGGCGGUUUGGUUUCGUUUGUGGAUGGAUGGGAAUUGAACGGGCAGUUCUUCCCCAGUCCCGAGGAUCAUCCUAGACCUAUGGAGUCCAGGUAUCGCGAGUUCUGCAAUGAACGCAAAGUUAAGCAAGUCUUCGUGAGUUCGCAGAACGUCGCUCUUAUCCAAUACCGGAUGCCUGCACGAGGCAGCAGUUUCAGCUUCACCGUCAGAUUCAUCAAAAACCCAACACCUUGCAACGUGCUCCUGCAGAACACCGAGGACAUCGUGACGUUGAGAAACUACGGAAGAAGGAGCAACUGCAGCAUCAGCGCCCUUUUUCCUGCAGCCAUCCGAGUCGUGUCCUUGGACGUCGGCGUCGUUUCCACAGGUGAACGUGCCAUCGAGAUCGAGACGGGCACGCUUCAUAAGGUGGGAGAACAGUGCCAGAAGCGAGGACUCGAGGAUUACGUGCAAAUCGGCGGAUCCGCCGGGCUCGACAACGCUGGUCUCCUAUUGGCAGACUCAGUCUGCGGAAUUGACUCGAAACCAGGCGAUCGCAGCGAGCUGAUUGGAUGCGGCACCAGCACGGUCAGACUCGUCUCCAGCGGCGGCUUCGAUAAUUCCGUAACCGUAAUCAUGAGGGAACUCAACGAAGAAGACAUCGCAGGAUUCCUGAGCGUGAUCUGCCCAAUCGAUGGCCUCCUCGAAUAGAUCCAUCGACAAUCCACUCACGUCAAUUUGCGCAGAAUAACCAAUCUAUUUCGAUGAUCAGUAUUAAA